GGCAGAGGUAGAGGUAGUGCAACACGAGGUAGAGGUGGUAGAGACGGUCGUUCUGGAAGAGGUGGGUACACAACUUUUGGUGGUGGUGACAAACCUAAGAAAGAAUUAAUACUUGAUCUCUCGAAAUAUAUGGACAAAAAAAUAAGAGUCAAAUUUAAUGGUGGACGCGAAGUGACAGGAUCAUUAAAAGGUUAUGAUCCUUUAUUGAAUCUAGUACUUGAUGAUACCGAAGAGCAGUUGAGAG